AUGAAGCAAUUCUUGAAACUGGCUUUCAGUAAUGCUGUUCCCUGUGGCAAAAGAUAUGUGUGGUCACGUAAAAAGAUAUUGAAAUAGUUUUCGUUAAUUGUUGUUAUUCUUGCUUUUCACAGAGGCCUUCGAGAAGAUGUCAAUUACCCACAGCUUCGCUAUUCUAUGUUUUGUCAGCCUCACAUUUGGUUAGUUUUAUCACAAUGUUUAUCGCAUAUAUUUUCCAAUAUGAUAAGUCCCAAAGCAACUGUUAGAUUAUGAAAUAAGCUUUUCAAUUAAAGACUUCUACCAUGAUACCAUGCUUAUGUAGUAUAUUUAAGAAUUCUAUUUAAAUAGCUUUUUCCAUCCUCACUACCCUAUUAAGCUCUCAAAUUGAUGUACAUAGCAACAUGCGAUCAACUUUUUUCUUUUCUCCUUUUAUUUUCAGGACUAAUUACCAACUGUCCAGAAUGUAAGGGUAAAGGAAAGGAUGCUCCUAAGAAAUGUGAGGAGAAUAUCUCGACGGAGGAUUGCGGGGAAAAUCAAGUUUGUGUGGUGGGAAGUCUCCGUAAUGGACGUAUUUUUCAUCGUGGAUGUUUAACCAAAAAUCAGUUCGAAUCAAAGAAGGCCAAAUGCGAAAAAAGUACAGGAAAACGAAAAUGUAUUGUUGCAAUGUGUGAUACACCAAACUGUAGACCUGAACUCCCAUAG